GUUUAAAUGUCAGCUGACAUCCCGGAAGUGAUACGAAUAAUAAAUGUUGCUGCCACUCCCUCAUUAAUAUUUCGGUUAUUUUAGAGACAUUAUUUAAGACGCUAUUAUGGAGGGUGCACUGGAGCAGCAUCUUGAUGAUACAAUGAAAAAUCCUGCCAUUGUUGGGGUUUUGUGCACAGACGCUCAAGGCCAUAAUCUAGGAUGCCGUGGCUCGCUUUCUGAUGAACAUGGAGGAGUUGUGUCUGUGCUGGCCAAGCAGGCUGCUUCUCUAACCAAAGACCCCACCGACUCUCCUACUGUGUGUCUGGAGUCUGACUCUGGGAACAUUUUGAUGAGAACACAUGGAACAAUUACACUGGCUGUACAUAAGAUGGCAUCAUAACUUCUGUUUAUUUCUGAUUGUCAUAUAUUGAAUGUGUGCAGUGUUUUUAAACAUCAUUAUUUUGAGUUUGAAAAGCUUCAACGGUCUAUUGUCAGCAACAUAGAAGUUUAUUGAUCAGCUGGGAUUAUGUCUUCCAUCAUAUCAGAAACUAUCAUAUAUUUGUGUCCAUGAUUAAUGAAUCAUUGCUUUUCCAAUAUUUGUAUUUUCUUUCAACCAUAGUUUAGACGUGUUAACUGUGUGCCCCCCCCCCUUUUUUGUGGUUAAAACUAUUAUUUCCUGGCUAAUAAAUUGUGUUAUUUAAGGAAACUAA